AUGCUUCACACGGCUAUACCAUGCUGGCAGCCAAUCCUGGGUCUGGCUAUGGUGUUACUCUUCCUGGGAUCCACCCUUGGCUGUCCUGCUCGCUGUGAGUGUUCCGCCCAGAACAAAUCCGUUAGCUGCCACAGAAGACGCUUGCUCGCCAUCCCGGAAGGCAUUCCCAUUGAGACCAAGAUCUUAGACCUGAGCAAAAAUCGACUCAAGAGCAUAAACCCCGAAGAAUUCAUCUCAUAUCCUCUGUUGGAAGAGAUAGACUUGAGCGACAACAUCAUCGCCAAUGUGGAGCCCGGGGCAUUUAACAAUCUCUUUAACCUGCGUUCCCUCCGCCUGAAAGGCAAUCGCUUGAAGUUGGUCCCUUUAGGGGUAUUCACGGGACUGUCCAACCUCACCAAGCUUGACAUUAGUGAGAAUAAGAUUGUCAUCUUGCUAGACUACAUGUUCCAGGAUCUUCAUAAUCUAAAGUCUCUAGAAGUGGGGGACAAUGACUUGGUUUAUAUAUCACAUAGGGCCUUCAGCGGACUGCUAAGCUUGGAGCAGCUCACCCUGGAGAAGUGCAACCUGACAGCAGUACCAACAGAAGCCCUUUCCCAUCUCCGCAGCCUCAUCACCCUGCAUCUGAAGCAUCUCAAUAUCAACAAUAUGCCUGUGUAUGCCUUUAAAAGAUUAUUCCACCUGAAACACCUAGAGAUCGACUAUUGGCCUUUGUUGGAUAUGAUGCCAGCCAAUAGCCUCUAUGGUCUCAACCUCACGUCCCUUUCAAUCACCAACACCAACCUCUCCACUGUCCCCUUCCUCGCCUUUAAACACCUUGUGUACCUGACCCACCUUAACCUCUCCUACAAUCCCAUCAGCACUAUUGAAGCAGGCAUGUUCUCUGACCUGAUCCGCCUACAGGAGCUUCACAUAGUGGGGGCCCAGCUCCGCACUAUUGAGCCUCACUCCUUCCAAGGGCUUCGUUUCCUCCGUGUGCUCAACGUAUCUCAGAACCUGCUGGAAACGUUGGAAGAGAAUGUCUUCUCUUCCCCUAGGGCUUUGGAGGUCCUGAGCAUUAACAACAACCCCCUAGCCUGUGACUGCCGACUCCUCUGGCUCCUGCAGCGACAGCCCACCCUGCAGUUUGGGGGCCAGCAGCCCAUGUGUGCCGGGCCAGACACCAUCCGUGAGAGGUCAUUUAAGGAUUUCCAUAGCACGGCUCUUUCUUUUUAUUUUACCUGCAAAAAACCCAAAAUCCGUGAGAAGAAGUUACAGCAUCUACUCGUGGACGAAGGGCAGACGGUCCAGCUGGAGUGCAGUGCUGAUGGAGACCCACAGCCUGCAAUCUCCUGGGUGACACCUCGGAGGCGUUUUAUCACCACCAAGUCCAACGGAAGGGCCACUGUGUUGGGUGAUGGCACCUUGGAAAUCCGUUUCGCCCAGGAUCAAGACAGUGGGAUGUACGUUUGCAUUGCUAGCAAUGCUGCUGGGAAUGAUACCUUCACAGCGUCUCUCACUGUGAAGGGAUUCACUUCAGACCGCUUCCUUUACGCAAACAGGACCCCUAUGUACAUGACUGACUCUAAUGACACCGUUUCCAACGGCACUAAUGCCAAUACUUUCUCCCUGGACCUUAAAACAAUACUGGUAUCUACAGCCAUGGGCUGUUUCACAUUCCUGGGAGUGGUUUUAUUUUGUUUUCUCCUUCUUUUUGUGUGGAGCCGAGGGAAAGGCAAGCACAAAAACAGCAUUGACCUUGAAUACGUGCCCCGAAAAAACAACGGUGCUGUUGUGGAAGGGGAGGUGGCUGGACCCAGGAGGUUCAACAUGAAAAUGAUCUAA